UCCCGCGCGACCUUGACUCGCCUCCCUUCGGCACCAGCACGGGGCGUUACGCGGCGCGGCAACAAGUAUAUAUAGCGAGGCGGCGGCGAGGCUCGGCAGUCGCUUCUUCGCCGAAGAACAACCACCACCACCACCGCAAAGAUGAGACCCAUGCACGUCCUCCUGGCCCUGGCCCUCUUCGUGGCCUGCGUCAGCGCCGGCGGCGGCUAUGGCGGCCGUGGCGGUGGCGGCGGAUUCGGCGGCGGAUUCGGCGGCGGAUUCGGCGGCGGCAGAAAGGGCGGCUUUAGCGGCGGCGGAUUUAGAGGUGGAAAGGGAUUCGGCGGUAGCUUCGGCGGCUUCCAAGGAGGAAAGGGCGGCUUCAGCGGCGGCCACGGAGGCGGCUUCGGCGGCAGCUUCGGCGGCUUCAGAGGAGGAAAGGGCGGCUUCAGUGGCGGCCACGGAGGCGGCUUCGGCGGCGGCUUCGGCGGCAGCCACGGUGGCGGCUUCAGGAGCGGUGGCUAUGGAAAAUAGAGCGCCUCUCCCAGCCCUUGCUCCACUCGCCUUCGUCACCUCCACCAUACGAUGCUCCUGUACCUCACCCUCUCCACUCCCAACUAGACCCUGGUGAAGAGGGAGAAGAAGAAGAAGAAAAUAAGAACCCAAUACGCCUCCCUCUCCAAAAAAAGCACUUCUUUCCUCCUCCUCCUCCUCCUCCUCCUACACGUCUGUCUCCAAAGUGUUCACGGUUCAGGAGCAAAUAAAGUAUUUUCUGACCA